AUGGUCGCUCGGAUGCUCAUGAUACUCUCGUCGUGCUUUCUCGCUCGCGUUCGAGCUGGUCUCGAUGUUGGGGCCGAUAGGCGACGAUACCUUACAGAGAAUGAUGGCGUUGUGGUUCAAGAGAAAUGGAUGAGCUUCUUGUGGAGGAAGCAGAGAACCAUAGGGCUUUUUGAUGACGUAGCAAAUACACAACGCGCAUGGCACAUCAUUCCCCAUGGCACACCGUUCCCCACGGCCGCCACCCUCCACAAGCCUCGCGAACGAAUGAACGCAGACGAUGAUGUAUUCAGCUUCAUCGAUGAUGAUAGUGAUGUGCUCGAUGAAUCCUCCGACGCACCUGGAAGCCCCGCGCAAGAUAUCAUCAGCGAUGAACCUUCACAGCCUACAUCCAUCAACACCACACUGCAAAGCUCUGCGAACACUUCCAUCGAUGCUAGAAUCGCAGAAGAUGAUCAUAAUCCUAAGGCCUCUGAGUUGAAUGCACUCGCGAGGCUUGCACUGCCUCUCAUGCAAGGUCUGCUAGACGAAACAGUCGACCAAAAUUCCGGCGUUCACACGACCCGAACUCUAUCGAUCACACUGAAAGACACGUCGAAUCGGUCUGGAGAGAGACACAUCAUGUACCCCAAGCAUGCGAGGAGUGCACGAGAUCUGACCAGUCUGCUGCGUCUGAUCGAACUAUCUAUGACCGCCAUGGACGACCGGCGCAUCGUCACAAAACGCGAGUUGUACUAUGCCGACCCGCAGCUUUUUCAGAGGCAGAAAACUGUAGACAGACUCGUCGAUCCGCUAGCACACACAAUUGAUCGAACUCGCUUUGACAUCAACAUCGUCGCAGCCGCCAAGGGUCUCUUCGCAGGUGCUCUCGUCUUGACCUCAAGCGAAGGCACAAUGCUAGAUGGUCGGGGCUCAACAACCGGCUGCCUGAUACCUCCCGCUGAGCUUGUCUCGUCCAUCGACAUUCUCAACGCGCGCUGGGUCAUUGUGCUAGAAAAAGAAGCCGUCUUUCGCUCGCUGGCCCAUCUACUUCCCAUGCUAGAGGCUGACCACGGUCCGGGCAUCAUUAUCACCGGUCGGGGCUAUGCCGACCUUGCCACGCGCUCGCUCAUCGCUCGCAUCUCGCGAGAAGAUCGCUUGCUUACCAUUGCUGCGCUAGUCGACGGCGAUCCGCACGGCAUAGACAUCCUAGCAUGCUAUCGUCAUGGCACGCUCAGACACAGUGGCAAAGCUGCUGAUCUUGUCUGUCCCCGGAUGAUCUGGCUCGGCCUGCGGCAGAAUGACCUCGACGAAUGUAGCCUCGUCAGAUGGCUGCCCUUGACCGAGCGCGACAGACGACUUGCGACUAGCAUGCUGGCACGUCCAACGCUCGACGAUGAGGUCAAGCAAGAGCUCAGUCGGAUGCUGUGGAAUCAUCGAAAGGCAGAGAUCGAAGCGAUUGAGGCCGCUGAAAACACAGGGAGCCUGUUGCAAUAUGUCAGCAGAAUGCUUGCCGGCUUGCUCAGCAGAGAAGUAGACGAGGCAGACGAGAUGAUGCUUUUUUGACUGAUCUCUUGCCUCUAAAGACUGCAUGCAUCUAAUUUUUGCUGCUCAUC